AUGGAUGCCAAGGAAGCCAGAGGCGAGAAGCCUGAGAAGCCCGUCGAGGAUUGGCAGAAGCGUGCACCCUACAAGAUCCACGAGUCCAACGAGAACUUCAAGGCUAGAUACGAGGCCAGCUGCCACUGCGGCAAGGUCAAACCCAGCACGNCUGCACCUUUCCAAUGGGCCGCCAUCUUCCACAAGGAGGACAUCAACUUCUCUAACGGACACCAUGACCUCGAGUGGUACGACCCCAGUGAGAAGUCGAUUGAACACAAGCUUCCCUGCAAGGUCCGCUGCUCCUUCUGCCACAGCCCCAUCAUGGACGAGGGCAGAAACAUGAUCCUGCUCUUCCCCAGCUUGGUUCACCUCAAGAAUGAUGAGGACAAAGCCAACUUCAAGCCCAGGUAUGCAGUUUUGUUGUCUACUUAUGUUGUUGCUUGUUAUUCUAACGUCAUCACANGAUGCCACAUGUUCUACGGCCAGCGCGUCAUGGAUAUCCCCGACGGUCUGCCCAAGUGGUCUGGUCUCAACGACAGCAGCGACUUGAUCGAGGACAGCNCCCCAGACCUUGUCCGCGAGCACGAGAGAAAGCGUGAAGCCGAGAGAAAGGAGAAGUUUGAGAAGGGCGAGAACAAAUAA